AUGCUAUUUCUGCAACCGCUACUCGGCUUCGCGGCCGCGUGUGCCUCGCUGGCGCGGGCGGUCGAGUUGACUGGCUAUGAGUACAUCGUGGUCGGUUCCGGGGCUGGCGGCGGACCGCUCGCAGCCCGGCUCGCCCUGGCCGGACACAAGACACUGCUCAUCGAAGCCGGCGACGACCAGGGCGCCAACUUCAACUAUACCGUCCCGGCCUACAACGCGCGCAUGUCCGAGGACGAGCACGUUUCGUGGGAUUUCUUCGUGCGCCGCUAUGCCGACGAUGUCCGCCAGGCCCGCGACUGGAAAACCAGCUACGACACGCCGGACGGGGCCGUCUACACGGGCCUUGAGCCGCCCAAGGGGUCGACCAUGAAGGGGGUGCUGUACCCGCGGGCUGCAACCCUCGGCGGCUGCACUGCCCACAACGCCCUGAUCGCCGUCUACCCACACCAGUCCGACUUCCAGUACAUCGCAAGCCUGACUGGCGACGACUCGUGGUCGCCGGCCAACAUGCGGAAGUACUUUGUCCGUCUCGAGAACAAGCGCUAUCUCUCGGGCCUGCCCAAGGGCCACGGCUACGACGGUUGGUUGACGACCGAGACGGCGCCUCUGACCAUUCCACUGAAGGAUCCCCAGCUCCUGUCGGUGCUGCUGGGCGGUGCCUUUGCCCUCGGCAACAUCACCAACCAGGUGCUCAACAUUGGCACCCUGCUCGCCGGCGAUCUCAAUGCCGACUCGCUGCUGCGCGACCGGACGCCAGCUUACUAUCAGAUCCCCGCCAGCACCGACAACGGCGCCCGCACCGGCAGCCGGGAGAUUGUCGUCGCGGUGCGUGAUGCCCGGAACCCCGACGGCACCAAGAGGUAUCCUCUCGACGUGCGCCUCAACUGCCACGUCACCAGGGUUGUCUUUGACGAGUCUGUGAGACCCCCGCGUGCAACCGCCGUCGAGUUUCUCGACGGCGCCCACCUCUAUCGAGCAAGCCCGCGGAGCCAAGGGGCCAGCAGCAAGAGAAGCAGGGGCACUCCUGGGUCCGCCACGGCCUCGCGUGAAAUCAUCAUCGCCGGCGGCGCAUACAACUCGCCCCAGAUUCUGAAGCUUUCGGGGAUUGGCCCGGCCGCCGAGCUGGCCCGCUUCGGCAUCAAAGUCGUUGCCGACCUUGCCGGCGUCGGCACGAACCUGCAGGACCACUACGAGACGGCCGUCUUGGCCAAGGCGCCCCGGGACUGGCCGGCACUAGCCGGCUGCACCUGGGAGUUCGACGGCAUGCCCGACCCGUGUCUCGAGAGGUGGCAGCACCCGGUGCUCGGGGACCGCGGCACCUACGUGGCGGGAGGGCUCGUUGCCUCGAUGCUGUACAAGUCGUCGGUCACGACCGACGACAGCUACGACGUUUUUGUGUUUGGCGGACCCGUCCACUUCGUGGGCUACUACCCCGGCUAUAGCAUCGAGGCCACCGCCGAGCACGACUGGUGGACAUGGGCCAUUCUCAAGGCUCACCCUCGCAACACGGCCGGCCGCGUGGCUCUGCGCUCGGCCGAUCCGCUUGACGUGCCCGAGAUCUUGUACAACUACUUCGACUCGGGUUCGGGCGACUACCAGAAGGACCUGCAGGCCAUCUCCGAGGCCAUCGGCCUCGCGCGAGACGCCCUGCGCCGCCAGCCAGUCGAGACAAGCGAGCUUCUCCCGGGCGCCGACAAGAACACGCAGGCCGAGAUUGACCAGUAUAUCAAGGACGGGUCAUGGGGCCAUCAUGCAAGCUGCACCUGCCCCAUUGGCGCCGACGGAGACCCGAUGGCGGUGCUUGACUCGCGGUUCCGCGUGAGAAAGGUGCAGGGGCUGAGGGUGGUUGACGCGUCUGUCUUCCCGCGAAUCCCAGGCACCUUCACGGCCGUGUCGACCUACAUGGUGGCCGAGAAGGCAGCCGACGACAUUCUGGCAGGGCUGGCAGGGCUGGCAGGGCUGAAGAGAUAA